AUGAUCCAGAACCUCACUGACUCUCCAGCUGGCUACGGCUCUACAGUUGCCACCUUCCACAAUGUAACUGACCUUCAUGCUCCAACUCGCACAGCUGGCCACGGCUCUACAGUCGCCACCUUCCUGAACAUCACUGACUCUCCUGCUCCACCUGCUGGCCACGGCUCAUCAGUCGCCACCUUCCACAAUGUAACUGACCUUCAUGCUCCACCUCGCACAGCUGGCCACGGCUCUACAGUCGCCACCUUCCUGAAUGUUACUGACUCUCCUGCUCCACCUGGCGCAGCUGGCCACGGCUCUACAGUCGCCACCUUCCACAACUUCACAGACUCUCCUGCUCCACCUGGCGCAGCUGACCACGGCUCAUCAGUCGCCACCUUCCACAACCUCACUGACUCUCCUGGCUAUGGCUCUAAAGUCACCACGAUCCAGAACCUCACUGACUCUCCUGCGCCACCUGGCACAGCUGGCCACGGCUCUACAGUCGCCACCUUCCAGAACCUCAUUGAGUCUCCUGCUCCACCUGGCGCAGCUGGUCACUGCUCUACAGUCGCCACCUUCCAAUACCUCACUGAGUCUCCUGCCCCACCUGGCACAGAUGGCCACGGCUCUACAGUCGCCACCUUCCAGAACAUCACUGACUCUCGUGUUCCACCUGGCACAACUUGCCACGGCUCUUCAGUCACCACCUUCCAAUACCUCACUGACUUUCGUGCUCCACCUGGCGCAGCUGUCCACAGCUCUACAGUCACCACGAUCCAUAACCUCACUGACUCUCCUGCUCCACCUGGCGCAGCUGACCACGGCUCUACAGUCGCCACCUUCCAGAACCUCAUUGAGUCUCCUGCUCCACCUGGCGCAGCUGGCAACUGCUCUACAGUCGCCACCUUCCAAAACCUCACUGAGUCUCCAGCUCCGCCUGGCGCAGCUGGCCACGGCUCUACAGUCGCCACCUUCCAGAACCUCUCUGUCUCUCGUGCCCCAAUGGCGCAGCUGGCCACGGCUCUACAGUCGCCACCUUCCAGAACCUCACUGACUGUCGUGCUCCACCUGGCGCAGCUGGGCAUGGCUCUACAGUCGCCACCUUCCUGA